AACAUUCGCCCUCCUCCUACCAGCGCGCGGGCGGCGGCGGCGGCGGCACCGGGGUCACGAACUCUGACCUUUCACUGACAAAAACAAUAACAAACCCCUCCUUCCCCGCGACCCCGGCGGUGCCUCCGGGCCCGCCCUCGCCGCCCCGCUCCCACCUGGGCGUCUCGUCUCUCUCCCGCUGACCUGCGAGCCCGCGGCCCGGGGCUCCCGCCAUCCGCCGACGCCGGGAAGCCGGCCUCCCCGCGCCCUGCCCUCCGCGCCGGGGGCCGCCCGCCGCAGACACGGGACCUGCUUCGAGGUCGCUUUGGCGCCAAAUCCUGAGGUACCACGUACACAGACUUCUCGGCCGGAAUCUCCAGGGAUGACCAGCCCCUCCCCGCGCAUCCAGAUAAUCUCCACUGAUUCUGCGGUAGCCUCACCUCAGCGCAUUCAGAUCGUGACAGACCAGCAGACAGGACAGAAGAUCCAGAUAGUCACCGCAGUGGACGCCUCCGGAUCCCCCAAGCAGCAGUUCAUCCUGACCAGCCCAGAUGGAGCUGGAACUGGGAAGGUGAUCCUGGCUUCCCCGGAGACCUCCAGUGCCAAGCAGCUCAUAUUCACCACCUCGGACAACCUCGUCCCUGGCAGGAUCCAGAUCGUCACGGACUCUGCUUCUGUGGAGCGUCUUCUGGGGAAGGCCGACGUCCAGCGGCCCCAGGUGGUAGAGUACUGUGUGGUGUGUGGCGACAAAGCCUCAGGCCGUCACUAUGGGGCUGUCAGUUGUGAAGGUUGCAAAGGUUUCUUCAAAAGGAGCGUAAGGAAAAAUCUGACCUACAGCUGCCGGAGCAAUCAAGACUGCAUCAUCAAUAAACACCACCGGAACCGCUGUCAGUUUUGCCGGCUGAAAAAAUGCUUAGAGAUGGGCAUGAAGAUGGAAUCUGUGCAGAGUGAACGGAAGCCCUUUGAUGUGCAGCGGGAGAAACCAAGCAAUUGUGCUGCUUCAACAGAGAAAAUCUAUAUCCGGAAGGACCUGAGAAGUCCUCUGAUAGCCACACCAACAUUUGUGGCAGAUAAAGAUGGAGCAAGACAAACAGGUCUUCUUGAUCCAGGGAUGCUUGUGAACAUCCAGCAGCCUUUGAUACGUGAGGAUGGUACGGUUCUCCUGGCUACAGAUUCCAAGGCUGAAACAAGCCAGGGAGCCCUGGGCACACUGGCAAAUGUAGUAACUUCCCUUGCCAACCUAAGUGAAUCCCUUAACAAUGGUGACACUUCAGAAAUGCAGCCAGAGGACCAGUCUGCAAGUGAGAUUACUCGGGCAUUCGACACCUUAGCUAAAGCACUUAACACCACAGACAGCUCCUCACCUCCAAGCCUGGCGGAUGGGAUAGACGGCAGUGGAGGAGGGAGCAUCCACGUCAUCAGCAGAGACCAGUCCACACCCAUUAUUGAGGUUGAAGGCCCCCUCCUUUCAGACACUCACGUCACAUUUAAGCUCACGAUGCCCAGCCCGAUGCCCGAGUACCUCAACGUGCACUACAUCUGCGAGUCCGCGUCCCGCCUGCUCUUCCUCUCCAUGCACUGGGCCAGGUCCAUCCCGGCCUUUCAGGCACUUGGGCAGGACUGCAACACCAGCCUGGUGCGGGCCUGCUGGAACGAGCUCUUCACCCUCGGCCUGGCCCAGUGCGCCCAGGUCAUGAGCCUCUCCACCAUCCUGGCCGCCAUUGUCAACCACCUGCAGAACAGCAUCCAGGAAGAUAAACUUUCUGGCGAACGGAUAAAGCAAGUCAUGGAGCACAUCUGGAAGCUUCAGGAGUUCUGUAACAGUAUGGCGAAGCUGGAUAUAGACGGCUAUGAGUAUGCAUACCUUAAAGCUAUAGUUCUCUUUAGCCCCGAUCAUCCAGGUUUGACCAGCACAAGCCAGAUUGAAAAAUUCCAAGAAAAGGCACAGAUGGAGCUGCAGGACUAUGUUCAGAAAACCUACUCGGAAGACACCUACCGGUUGGCCCGGAUUCUUGUCCGCCUGCCAGCACUCAGGCUGAUGAGUUCCAACAUAACAGAAGAACUUUUUUUUACUGGUCUCAUCGGCAAUGUUUCAAUAGACAGCAUAAUCCCCUACAUCCUCAAGAUGGAGACAGCAGAGUAUAACGGCCAGAUCACCGGAGCCAGCCUAUAGCGCACACCUCACACCUGCCGAGGAGCACAGGAUCCACCCAGGACCGCUCAAAUACAAAGAAAAUAAGUAGUGGUAUUUUGGUAUGUGCAAAUAUUUCCAGUACCUUAGCUAUUUCCUACCUGGUUUCUUCUUAUGUUAAUCCCAGACAGUAGCAACUAAAAGACUAGUAGGAUCCUUUCCUGCCAUAAGAAAUGUUUUAAUGCCUUUUGAUGAAGCAGCAGAUUUUGGAACAAUCUUUUAACUCAGUUUUUAUUUAGAAAUUCUCAAAGGGCAAAAAACAAAAGCAAAGUUUUAUAAUGUCAGAGACUAGUUAAAGAAAACUAAAAG